GUUUCAGAGCAAAGAAAAUGCUAAACAGUCAAGGAACAAGCUCUGUCAAAGGGUUUAUUUAACAGUGAUUCUAUUGACAGGCAAACGGAAGCCUAGGAACUCUUGUGAUAACUCUAUAAUUAUUGUCUGCCUGGGAUAGAGAAAGAGAGAGAGAGCUUGGAGAAUCCCUUUGAAUAUUUUAACCAAGUUUUCAUUUACUUUUACUGUGGAAUUUCUACAUUGACAGCUUUGCAGCAGGAUCUUUCAUGCAGACACCAAAGCAGAAAUGCUGAUGCUGAAACAAAUGAGAGGUGACAAAGGAUGGACAGCACACUAAAAUAUGAUUCUUUGGAGUGGUAGCAUCAUAAUUAAACUGUCAUUUAUGGAAAAUCUGCAAAAGAGGAGUUCCUGCUGAGAACCAAGGCAUCAGUCAUGCAUUACCUUUUCAGUUUGGUUCUAGGACAGAGGGAUCUAUCACGUGCUGGAGACCUUUUUUCUUUAGAAGACACAGAAAUUGAAGACAGCUUAUCAGAAGCACUCGAGCAUAUAAAAAUAAUUUCUUCUUCUUCAACCUAUUUGAAUAAUGAUAAUGACCAGGCAGUAGUGGAGAUAUGCAUCACCCGCAUUACAACGGCCAUCAGGGAAACUCAGACAAUAGACAAACAUGGAGAAGCACUAGCCACUCUUUGGGAAUCAUGUCUGGAACAUAAUCUAAAUCCUGUGCUAAAAGAUGAAGAUACGCCACAUGCGAAAAUUGCUUCAGAUAUUAUGAGCUGCAUUUUACAGAACUAUAACAGACCACGGAUGAUGUCUCUUGCCAUUCCCGUGGCAGUGAAAUUUUUACAAAGAGGCAACAAAGAGCUAUGCAGAAAUAUGUCAAGUUACCUAUCGCUGGCUGCAAUUGCUAAAGCAGAGCUGCUGGUUGACCACACAGAAGCCAUUGUGCAAAGUAUUCUUCAAGGUAACUACAUGCUACUACGUGUUUUACCAUCCAUAUAUGAAAAGCAGCCUGAACUGAUUGAUAAGCAUGUGACAGAGAUGUCUGCACUGCUGUCACAGCUAGAACAGACAGAAAAACAACAUUUACUCAGGCUCCUACACCUUGUUGCUGAACAACAGGCCAAGGUUCUGAAUGAGUCUAUUUCUAUGUUGGUGGGUUGUCUGCUAGAUACAAACCAUGGCAACAGUGUUCUGAACAUACUUGUAGAAGUAUCAAACCAUGAACCAUCCACUUUAACCAGUUUUCUACCAAGGCUAGCAGAGGCUGGAGAGAAUUGUCCAAAUAUGCUGGGGCAGAUUGCAAAGAUUUAUGGUGCUGUCGGAUGUGUAGAUGAGGAGAAAGCCAGAGUGUGCCUUACUUACUUGGUGAACCAACUGGCAAACAUGGAACAUUCAUUUCACCACAUUCUUCUUCUGGAGAUUAAAAAUAUUACAGAUUCCUUCAGCAACAUCCUAGGAACACAGAGCAAAGACAUAUACCGAAUGAGCAAUAGUUUCAUUUCUGUAGCAAAACUUCUGUUCAAACAGCUGGAAAAAGAAGACACAUCAUCUGGAAGAUUGGAAAAUGACACUUCAGCUGAACAGUGUUCAAAGCCUGAUUGUCUGACUUCUGGUUUCGGUAAAAACGAAGGUGAUGAAAAGCUUCAUAUAAAGGUACAAGCUUUUGAAGAAAAGAUUAAUAAUGAAAGCAGCUCCCCUGGUCUUGCUCGCAGAUACAGCUUGGGGCACGCCUCUAAGGAAGACAAAAACGAAAUUACGUUUUAUAGGUCAAAAAGUUUUCCCCUGCAUGCCGUACACACAAAGUCUACCAGUUCAGACAACGGACAGGAUGUGGAAACUGGGGAUAUGAUAAAAGAGAUCCCAUUGUCAGACAGUGAUCAACAGUUUGAAGUUCAAGAAGCAGAGAAAUUAAAGCUUGAAAACCCAUCUUCCUUAAUCUGUAAUACCAUGGUAAAUUCAGACAAAGAAAGUCUGUCAAUAGCUGUCAAUAAUAACUGUAAGGAUAGCAGUUCAGAAACUGGACUAAACAACCACCAAUGCCAAGACAAGCUGUACAUGCACUUAAAACAAAAUUUCAUCAUGGUAAAAGCAUACUUCAGUGAACUGCUGAAGAGAAUACCCAUUCCAGAACAAUGUACCAUUGAAGAUGCUCCUAAAAUUUGUGCAAAGAUAUCAUUCAGCUGCUCAAAGAAAGGAAAUUACUGUCUCUAUAGCAAAUCGAGUUUUAUUAUCAGCAGCCAAGAGCCUCAGGUCUGGAUUCGUAUCAUGUUCCUGUUCCAGCAGAGCUUAUCAUCUGAGCCUUUAUCCAUAGAUCAAGUUUCAGUUCAAGAACUGAAAGCACUCUGGGAAAAAGCACAGCUUAGGGGGAUGGAUAAUUUUGAAACCACAAUUGUACAAUCUACAUUGCCAAAUAAAAAGGAUUUGGAACAUGUGCAGAUGCAGCUGGAAGAAGUCAGGUUUUUUGACCUUUUUGGCUACAGUGAUGAAACAGGAGCUUGGCAGUGUUUCAUGUGUAACAACCCUGAAAAAGCAACAGUUGUAAAUCUGGAAGGCCAGCCACUAAUUGAAGGCAAACUUAAAGAAAAACAGGUCCGAUGGAAAUUUAUCAAGAGAUGGAAAACACGUUACUUCACUUUGGCUGGAAAUCAGUUACUGUUUCGCAAAGGAAAAUCAAAGGAUGACCCAGAUGAGUGCCCCAUUGAGCUAAGCAAGGUACAGAGUGUAAAGGUCGUAGCCAAGAAGCGUCGAGACCGUAGCCUUCCACGGGCCUUUGAAAUUUUUGCAGACAACAAGACAUAUGUGUUCAAGGCAAAGGAUGAAAAGAAUGCAGAGGAAUGGCUACAGUGCAUAAAUGUAGCUGUAGCACAGGCAAGAGAACGAGGAAACCGAGAAGCAACAACAUAUCUGUAAAAGAGAUAGCAACAUCAUUUUUGACUUUUUUAUUUGGUAUAUUCUUUUUUUUUAUUUUAUGUUAAUAUGAUGCCUAUCAUAUCUACAAAGGCAGGCUACAAAUGUACAGUUAAUAAGGUUCUGCUGUAGAACAGCAUUAUAUGGUUUCAUAGCCUAAAUGAUCAUAUUUUAAUUUAAACUAUAUUUACAAUCUAGGUGUAAAAUGAAGCACUUAUUGAAAAGAAAUGUUAAUACAUUUCAUAUGAGGCUUACUAGGAACAUGUCAAAAUAAGAUAAAAUGUUUUCUUUUGUAUAUAGUAAAAUGACUUUCUCAAAUAUAUCAACGUGAUGAAGAUUUAUUCUUGUUUUUGAGCAGUAGCAUGAUAGGAAAUAAUAUUAUUAGUACUUGUUUUUUAUAAUGAUGGAAAUAGUUACACAACUUAAUAAAAUAGCUUGGAAAUAUAUAUGUUUAUGUAAAAGCACACGACAGAAAAUACUUUCAAUAUGGUUUUGGCUAAACUUCAGUUUAGCAAAAUUUUCAAAUGCUGCGUAUUAAAUCAGAAGCCACUAAAAAACUCAAUACAACACUCAAGCAUCUAUCAAUAAAAGUAUAAUAAUAUA